AUGUCAGAGCCCUCACUGACCAUCCCCUUCCUGCCAGACGUCCAUGUCGGGGGGGAUCUCCCCACCAACACGGUGCGGGUGGCGGCGUGGACCGCGACAACGCCAUCCGGCCCGUCGCGAAGGCUCGCUCUCGCCGGCUCCGAUAACACGGUGUGGAUCUGCACGUCGUCCAUGGUGCCAGCAACGCACUUGGUACCUCCAGACCUCAACUUGCCAGACGGGGGGUUCCGCUUGCCGCCUCUUGCUGGGAAGCACCCCGCACGGCCCCGUGCGGCGUCAACGGCCUCGUCCAUCUUGUCGUCGUCAUCUCGCCUCAAGGCGUUCUCGCCCACUGCAUCCGCCACCGCGGCACUCGCUCCCUCGGCAUCUAUAUCAACAGUCGCGGCUUCUCCUGCCCCGUCCAGCUCCCACCAGACGCGUUUGUCGAUUUCGGACAAGACUGAUCUGCUAGAAAACCUCCUCAGACAGCAGGACACGGACGAACGCAGCGGUCUCGGCCUGGGACUCGCUGGCCUCACUCGCCGCAGCCUCAAUAUCCAAAGCAAAGACGAGAUAGAAAUGCCAGUCCCGACACAUGGUGCUGCGGGAGUGGUGGAGUUUCCUCCUCCAGUGUCCCCUUCGUCAGGAGGCUCGGGACACGCAACACCGACAACUGGGGGUGGACGUGAACGCACCCGCUCGCGCCUGUCGGGUUUCUGGUCACGCGCAGAACCCGAAACGGACGCUCUGGCCAAGUUGGACGCGGACGAGAUGGAGAUUGAGGACCAGAUGAAGCAUGAGGAAAGAGAAGAUGCCAAGGAGGCUGGGGACUUUGAGGCUGUCAAGAAGGCCCACCAGGCCGUUAAUACCGCGCCAGCUACACCCAAGACGGUCAACUCUGCGCCCUUCUCCGAACCGCGCACCCCACCGCCGACUGGAAACGAUAUGAACCCCGUCCGCAUUGUGCUUCCCGAGCCUGGCCGCGGUUCCAUUGUCGACCUCGCACUGCUCGAAGAGAUCGGCGAGCUCGUCGUCCUCCGUGACGUUGGCCUGCUCGAUGUACUCAACCUCGAGACGCUCCAGCUCACGACGCACGUGAGCCUCGACCAUGUCGUCGCUCCCGGAACGGCGCGGACACCACUUCUUGCCCACUCGUGGCUGUGGAGGAGAGUCCACCUUGCAGCAAGAGAAGAGGGAGCGCUCAUUGUGGCCAACGGAGAACCGUGGCCGUGCCCAGGCCCAAGUCCCAAUGGCGAAGUCACCCGCGUCGCCAUGCUGAGUCUCCCAAGACAUGAGUGUGUCGCUACGCUGGAACUGCCAGGUAUUGGUGAUGUCGGCGUGGCGUCCGCCGGAGAAGGUGGGUUCGAUGCUCGUGCCUGCGCUAACCCAGCAGCGAGCUAUCUGCUGCACGCGACCACUACCUCACUCAUGUCCUAUCCUAUCGUCUUCCCGGGCUCGAACCCCCCGUCCCGCUCCGCCACCCCUGGACCAGGCUCAGCAAACUCGUCAUCGCCUACUUCUCCGCUUCUCGGCCCAGGUGGCCCCCCUGGUACGAGGCGAACCGGAGCACUUGCUAGUGUCCGUGCCGUUUCUGCUGCCGCCGCGGCCAAGGGAGGUGAUUCGGGUCUCGCCAAGUUUAUUGCCUCGAGACGCAUCCCCUCCCGCAAGGCUUCUCAGCCCGCUCCGGAAGCAGUCGGGAAGCCGGGCGUCGAGGAAGGUACAGAGGUGCAGCGCGACGGCGGCGGCCACUGGUUUAGCGUUCGGCUGCACGACAAUGGCCAGGGCGUCGGUCUCGCAGACAACCAUGUCGAGGCAUUCGAGUUUGACGGUAAAACACUCUCCGUUCGCGGCUCGAUCAACCUCGAGGACAAGGUCAAAGACGUGGUCUUCACCUCUGGCUGGCACGACGUGUGUAUUGUGACAGACAAGGCGGCGGCCCUCUUUGCGCGCGACGGUCCGAUCAAGCCCACGUCAACCUGGUCGCUGCGCAAGUCGUACCCCGCCCACGCUACUUGUGUGAAUGGCGGUAUACUUUACGAGGUGGAGCAGUUUGCAGCCGCGACGGUCGACCUCGGCACCUUUGAACGCCGUAUCGAGGCUACCCUCUGCACACCUGUUGCCGGUGACCACAUCUGCCCACACGGUGCCAACACUGUGUUUGCGGCCGACGGGAGUGGCAAUGUCCGCAAACAGUCCCUCUCCGACUACCUCCAGGAUAUUCCUGUGCAUAGCGACGUGGUCACCGCCGACCGCCUCGAGUCGGGCGUCACCUACUCGACUGUCGUGGCAUCGGACCUGGCUGCCAGCGGUCGUUUCCUUGUCGCCGGCGACGAAGACGGCUCGGUGCGGAUCUGGGAUGCGGGCUCCAUGCGCCUCUGCGGAUCAUGGACGCUCUUCGACGCUGCUGUCCGCUCCGCGACCUAUAUCGACAAGGAGGCAGCGGGGAGCUUGCGCGAUACGCUCCUGUGUACCUCUGUGCGCGGGUCCAUCUCGUUGGUCUCCCUGCGGGACAUGGACGAGCUCUUCCUCAUCCCUGCCGCACGUGCCCCGCUCACCCGUAUCUUUGUGGGCGGCCACAACAUUCUCAUCGCGUACGAAAACGCAAAGGCCAGGGUAUGGAAUGUGGAGACGCGCGAGUUUAGGAGGAGCACCGGCCUCGACGCGGCAGACGACAUGCUCCAGCUUGGUGAAUGGGCCGAGGUGCGGUUCCAGGAGCCGCCCAAGUUUGACUCCCCCGUGACCAAGGUUGUUGGCCCCACUCCAGAGAAUUCGGAUCUCGGUCGUCUCCUCCAACUCGACCUCCGUCAGCUCGGACGCUGGCUCCACACUGAUCUGAACGACAGCCCCUUGCCUACAUUGCGCGGCCUGCUAUCUGUCUUCCUCACGUUUGGUAUCAAUGACGCCAUUGACGAGGUCUGUACCGUCAACCUCGGCAUCAAGCCACCCGCUGCUCCAUCUGCCAUCGGCCUCGAAGGACCAUGCGGCACGGCCACGGUCGCAUACUCGUCUCCCGCAACGGCGUGGCGCGUCUCCCCGACAGCCACGGGUCUGAGACAGCUGGCCAUUGUCUCCCUUCUCCGGCCCUUCCUCGAUUCGCCAGACCACGAGAGCUGGGCCGCGGACGUGAUCGCGUUCUACACGGCCUGCCUGCCCGGGGACGCCCUUGAGGCUGAUUUGGAGCUGUUUGCCGCAUUCUACCUCGACUCGGCGUCGGAUGUGCACCAGGCCGCGCGCAUGCUCUUUGGUGCGCGCUUAAGCCGUAUGCCCAAUGAGGAUAUCGAGGCGCUUGUCGCGGCUCAGCAGGGGCUCUUGCCAAGUGUUGUCGCCCCCGAACAGAGGAUGAGUGAGGCAUCUGCCCGUGCGUUGACGAUGGUGGGCGGUAUGGCCCUCCACCGCUUCGCGUGCAUGAACCCAAGUGCGCUCAAGGCCGUCGCCGAGUCGCUCGCAAUGUACCUCAACGACCCAAAGUGCACCCACGUCAACCUCGCGAUCGAACUCACGUCCAAGAGUUUCCAGACAUGGCAGUCGUACGUCGACCCAAUGGACAUGCUGCGCCGCCUUUUCUAUCUGGCCACACACAAGGAUGCGUCGGGCGCCAACGUUGCCGCGCAGGCUCGCCUGGCCGUCUUGCACGUCGCCUCCUCGAACGCGCCACUGUUCAUGUCCACUCUCUCCAUGGACAUUCUCGACGCCAAGACGGUCCAGGGCCGUACCUCCAUCAUGACGCUGUGCGUGUUCAUGGCGCGCAAGAGACCGGCAUUGCUUGAGAAUGGCCUGCCGCGGAUCUGCGAGGCGGUCGUCAAGAGCCUGGACCCGAACGUCGGCAAGAUGCGCGACGACGUGUGGGAGGCGGCGACGGUGAUUCUCAACGAACUCGUGCAAGCCUUUACGACAAUCGAUUUCCACCCGGGCACACAAAAGCUCGUGGUGGGCACGCACGAGGGCGCAGUGAUCAUGUACGAGCUCAAGACCGCGUCGAGGCUGUACGUCAUUGAGCCGCACCACGGCGCAGUGUCUGCCGUGGCGUUCUCGCCCGACGGUCGCCGUCUCGUAACUGUGUCAAUGGACGAAGGGGAGGUUACAGUCUGGAAGGUCGGAUCGUCGCUCACCGGCUUCUUCAAUGUUGGCGGGCCGCCAAGGCAAGGCAGUGAGCGGGGAGCGCCGUAUAAGCGUAUUCCGUUUGUGCGGCCGCAUCGAGAUGCCAACGAGGACACUGGCGCGCUCAGCGGCGCACUGAUCCAGUGGCGAGGCAACCGUCAAGCCUUGGUGACAAUCCAUGAGACGGCUCUCAACUUUGAGACAACGUAG